GAUUGCUCCGCCGCUGGUGUGGACAUGUCCGCCAUGUUUUCCGCGGCCGGAGAAACGGCCCCUUCGUCCCGGUAAACCGGCAGCUGAUGAGUCUUCCCGCCGGUUCCCGGAACACUGGACACCGAUGAGCUCUACUGCGGCGAACACAGUCGCGUCCGGAGCGGAUUCACGUCGCUAUUUCGCGGGUUUGUGACGGGAUUCGCGGUUCUCGGAUUGUCGCUGAUUUGGCGCAAACAAUGAGUAAACUCUCGUUCCGGGCGCGAGCGCUGGACGCCGCCAAACCGCUCCCGGUUUACCGCAACAGAGACCUGCCGGACCUGACGGACUGCGUGUCCAUCAGCCGGGCCGUCCCGCAGAUGCCCACCGGGAUGGAGAAGGAAGAGGAGCUGGAGCACCACCUGCAGAGGGCGAUCUCGGCCCAGCAGGUGUUCAGGGAGAAGAAGGAGAACAUGGUGAUCCCCGUACCUGAAGCAGAGAGUAACACCACCUACUACGACCGGCUGUACAAAGGAGAAGUCAAAGUGCCCAAACAGCUGAUCCACAUCCAGCCUCUGGGUCUGGAUCUGGAGCAGCCAGACUAUGACAUGGACUCCGAGGACGAGACGCUGCUCAACAGACUGAACCGCAAGAUGGAGAUCAAACCUCUGCAGUUUGAGACCAUGGUGGACCGACUGGAGAAGGCCAGCACUCAGCAGCUGGUCUCUGUGUCGGAGGCGAAGCUGCUGCUGAACGAGGACGACUACCUGUUGAAGUCGGUGUACGAUUACUGGCUGAGGAAGAGGAAGAACUGGCGGGGUCCGACGCUCAUUCCUCACAUCAAACAGGAGAAGAGAGACGGAUCCACCAACAACGACGCCUACGUGGCGUUCAGACGCAGGACGGAGAAGAUGCAGACGAGGAAGAACCGUAAGAACGACGAGGCGUCGUACGAGAAGAUGCUGAGACUGAGGAGAGAGUUCAGCCGGACCGUCACCAUCCUGGAGAUGAUCAAGAGGAGAGAGAAGUCCAAGAGAGAGCUGCUGCACCUCACCCUGGAGGUGGUGGAGAGGAGGUAUCAGAUGGGAGAUUUCAGUGCAGAGAUCCUCAGAGAGGUGACGCUCCCUCUGGUGGAGAAACCGCUGUACAGCACUCCAGUGACACUCAACAACAGACACAAAGCUGACGUCAAGAUGCAGAAGAAGCCGCUCUCCAUCAGAGACGAGCUGACCUCCUUCGACCUGAUCAGACCAAAGAAGAAGUCCAGCAGACGGGACAGACUGUGUCCUCCGCAGAGACGCCCGGGUCGCCCCCCCGGCCCGUACACCGUCAACAAGGCCGACAUCAAACAGUACGACUUCCACAGCUCCGGAGAAGACGACUCGCCUCCACCUCCGCUGGUCAGCACCUCCGGAUCUGAUUAUUCUCCUCCGUCUUCAGCUGAUGAUGAGGAAAAUAAUCCUGACGGACUUUUUGUCUUCAGGAGGAAAGCUGGCUGUCAAUAUCUCUCUCCUCGGGUGGAGCAGACAGGUGGAGUUGAGUGUGAGCGUCCAGAGAUCGUUCCGCUGUGUCUCCGUCAUUCUCUGACUGAACUGUCUCUGCCUCCACACUGGAGAGGACUGAGCCGCCGCCGGGUGGGCCGAGGGGGCAGGAUCAUCCUGGACCGGGCCUCGUCAGGUCUGGAUCCUCUACUGAAGCAGCUGGACACGUCGACAGAUCCCAUCUCCAGGACCAGGACCAGUGCCUGCCUUCUCAGUGACCCAGUUCUACUGGACCAGAAGCCCUCCCUGACCUCAGGAAGCAGCCCCCCCUCCCUGACUGAAGUCCUGAAUAACAUCCAGACUCUGAGGAGGUGCUGCUUCAGACCCAGACCAGCUCAGGACCAGAGAGGAGGGGGCAGCAGGACCGCAGGAUCCAGACUCACCUGCCGUCUGUCCAGCCACAGGAGCACUGCAGCAGCAGGGGGCAUCACAGAGGAGCAGUACCACAGCCAUCAGCAGCAGUUGGUCCAGAUGCAGAAAGAACAGCUGGAACAGCUGCAGCUACAGAACAACGCUGCUUUAUCCAGACAGACAUCACAGCUGGACCCUCACAGAACACAGUCCACCAGGUCCAGUGAGUCCACGUCAAAGACUCUGGACUCAGCCAGCGCUCACUUCGCAGCCUCAGCUGUGAUCAGCGCUCCUCCACCACACGGUCACCUCAACAGUGAGAACAAACCCUACAAGACCAGCGUCAAUGGAGUCGUCCAUCCUACAGGUCCCUCCAGGCCUCCGUACUCCUCUACGUCUCUCAGCAGGCCGGGGCUUUCAGCUCGGGGGUCUUCAUCACUCCCCGCUCACUCCUCCUCGUCCCCUCAGUCCCUCCCCAACCAGCGAAGCCAGGUGGGGGCCGUCUCCCCCGCCCACCCCCACAGUGCUCGUCCCUCCGCCCCCCCAACAUCUGCCUUAAAACUGGCCACCGUGGCCGCCAGCCUCGACCGAGUGCCCAAAGUCACCACCGCCAGCAGCCUGCCCAGAGACGCUCAUGAGCCGGAGAGACUGCUGAACGGACUGUCAGAGACCACGCUGGCCAUGGAGGUCACAUAGCAUCAUAUCCCAUCAUCCCCUGCUCCCUCUGACCGGUGAAUGUGACACGCCGUGACCUCCAGUAGAAGAAGAAGAAGAGAGCGGAGUCUCUGAGAUGAUUAUUAUUGUACAGUUUGUAAAUGUCUUUGCUGUAAAAUAGUUUCUUUGUGUCUCUUUAGUUUUAUCAUGUUUCUGUAGAAUCAACUCUGAUUGGUCUGUGAGAAGGCCUGUAUCCUGGCUCUCAUUGGUCCACGAGGAGCUCUGUGUCCUGGCUCUCAUUGGUCCACGAUGAGGCCUGUAUCCUGGCUCCGAUUGGUCCGUUACGAGGCCUGUAUCCUGGCUCCGAUUGGUCCAUGAGGAGUCCUGUAUCCUGGCUCUGAUUGGUCCAUGAGGAGCUCUAUAUCCUGGCUCUGAUUGGUCCAUGAGGAGCUCUAUAUCCUGGCUCUGAUUGGUCAAUGAGGAUGCAUGUAUCCUGGCUCUGAUUGGUCCAUGAGGAGUCAUGUAUCCUGGGUCCGAUUGGUCCAUGAGGAGUCAUGUAUCCUGGCUCUGAUUGGUCCAUGAGGAGUCAUGUAUCCUGGCUCUGAUUGGUCCAUGAGGAGUCAUGUAUCCUGGCUCCGAUUGGUCCAUGAGGAGUCAUGUAUCCUGGCUCUGAUUGGUCCAUGAGGAGUCAUGUAUCCUGGCUCCGAUUGGUCCAUGAGGAGUCCUGUAUCCUGGCUCUGAUUGGUCCAUGAGAAGGCCUGUAUCCUGGCUCUGAUUAGUUAUUUAUUUGUCAUGUUUACAUUUUGUAUCAUUUCUUUUCCCAAAGAUGGAAAACUGUAAAAUGUAAUUUGGUUUCACAAAUUGAAACGAUGUUUUUGUGACAUUUUUUCAUUGAGUUUGUUUUUUAAAUGUUUAAAGACUCUUCAGGCCGCCUGAUAAUUUAAAAACCUUCACUGAAAUCAAAACCUGCAGCUGAAGACGAAUGUUUUUAUAUUUUUAAAGUCGGGCAGCAGCUGAUCAGACGUGUGUGUGUGAUCUCUGCAGGAUGUUUCAUGUAGAGAAGAACACGCAUGACGGUCAGACGCUGUUUGUGCUUCACAUGAAAAAAUGCUGACAAAUAAAAAAGCAUCGACACACUCUGA